AUGAUUGCUUGUAAGCUGAACAAAGCGUUCUGUUUUGUAGCUUUUGGGUGGUCAACUGGGAGCUCCAGUGGCCAGAUGCAGCUGGCUAUUUCACAUCUCCUCAAUGGACAAGAGCUUUGGUGUGACUCCAUACACGGGGAGGCCACGUGCAGAAUGAGUCCAAGCACCCAACACCAUAAUGGGCCCUCAGGGGUCACUUUACGCCACCCUGUGCUGGGAGAGACACCUGGGGCACCCACACCCCGCCGGGCUCCCGCAUGCACACCCAGAGACCACGAACUACCUCCCGCGCAGGGAACUGUUCUCAGCCUGCAGCAGGAUGAGACACACCCACACCCGCCAGCACCGGUCUCAACACCUUCUCUCAACUCCUGCCCACGCAGCCUGCCUCUGGAUCCUCAGCUUCCCGGCUGCCACCCUCUGCCUGGAUCAGACUCACUGUGCCUCUCACAACACCUGCCUCGUUGUACACGCAUCAUCCAUUAG